ACAGUGAGGCAGGAGUGACAUCAGCAGGCGACCGCCGGCUUCCUCCGUCCGUCUUUUCCUCCUCCUCUUCCUCCUCUACCUCGUCGUCACGUCACCUCGCCGGGCAUAUAGGGACCCGGCGCGGAGGGAGGGGCGACCAGUGGCUCGGCAACUCUCGACGGCCAUGGAGCGCGUGACUCGCCGCUUCCUUCUCCUCGCCGUGCUGGCGACCUCGGCCGGCGCGCAGCAGCAGCUGUUCGCAGGUGACACGUGCGCCCACUCGAGCGGCCAGGCGGGACUGUGCCGGAGGAUCGACGCCUGUCCGUCGGCGCUGGAAGAGUUCCGCAGGAGGAUCAAGCCGACUAUCUGCUCGUUCGAGGGCACGACGCCGGUGGUGUGCUGCCCCUCCGCUGGCGCCACCAGCACCACCAGCACCACCAGUACCACCACGACAACCACCACGACAACCACCACCACGCCGGCAACGGCCGACCGCGUGGGCGAAGAAGGAGGUCUCAAGGCCACGAGGAUGUGCGAGCGCUACGCCGCGCUGGUGUGGCGCGAGGAUGCGGCCGCCACGCUGGCCCUGGACGACGACGAGCCGCCGGAGAGGGGCAACACCUCCGACUGCGGCGUGCCGCCCGCCGCCGACCUCAUCAUCGGCGGCAUAGCGGCCAACCCCAAGGAGUUCCCGCACCAGGCGGCCAUCGGCUUCGGCGACGACGAGGACAACGUGUCGUGGCUGUGCGGGGGGUCGCUGAUCAGCGAGCGCUUCGUGCUGACGGCGGCGCACUGCCUCACCGCGGGCAACAGGGGCCGGGCGCGCUGGGUGCGGCUGGGCGACCUGAACCUCGCCCGCUCCGACGACGACGCGCGGCCCCAGCAGCUGGCCGUGGCCGAGCUCAUCAGGCACCCGCGCUACUCGCCCUUCUCGCACUACGACGACGUGGCGCUGCUGCGGCUGGAGCGCGCCGCCAAGCUCGGCGCCUACGUGCGGCCCGCGUGCCUGCACGUGGACAGCCGCGUGCGGCGCGAGUACCUGCUCGCCUCGGGCUGGGGGCUCGUCGACUGGGCCGACGAGGUGGGCAGCGACGAGCUGAUGAAGGUGAGCCUGAAGGUGGUGUCGGCGGCGGACUGCAGCAGAGCCUACAGGUCGCUGGCCGGCACCAAGAAGCUCAAGUUCGGCAUCCAGGACGACCGCAUGGUGUGCGCCGGCGCCAAGGAGGGCGGCAAGGACACCUGCCGGGGCGACUCCGGAGGGCCUCUGCAGGCAGUGCUUCAGCAGCCCUACUGCAUGUACAGCAUCGUGGGCCUGACGUCGUUCGGCUCGACCAUAUGCGGCGCCAGGAACUCCCCGGCCGUCUACACCCGGGUGUCCCACUACGUGCCCUGGAUAGAGGGCAUCGUCUGGCCCUGAGCUGCACCCGCGACUCGCUCGUCGUCGCUCAGCCGAGUUCAGCGAGGAUCAGGAACAGCCAUUUGUUCCUGUUCCUCCGGGACGUGUCUACUUGCGGAAAGUCAUCUUCCGACAGCCGGGAGUCACUGUGCUGCAACCAUUAAGUUAAUACGACAAGACAGACAGUGUUGUACAACAGAAGACUGAUUCGGGAGGAAAAUUUCAGCUGCGUAAACUGUUAGUGACGUAACGAAGUACAGAGAGAUAGUAAAAUUUAACAUUCUUACUUCGCUUAGAUCAGCAUUGUACAUAAUGGCUUCAGCUAUGUAUAAGUCAAAACUUUGCUUAAUUCUAUGAGUGAAUCAUAAAGGACUUUGAUUGCUUUGCAAAACAGUAAGCUGACAGAGCACUAGACACAAUAGCGAUUUAUAAAUACAAGUUAAUAAUAUAUUUACCACUACUUCACAUAAUAUAGUUUUCUGUCUAUGUAGUUUAAAUUACCGUGUACCUUUUACUAACACAUCAUCUAAUAGCUCCAUGUCAAAACUAAUCUUGAAAAAACACACAGGUCUGAUAGGUGUCUUAGAAACUUUGUUAGUGCACCUUCUAUAACAAGCAAAUGUAUUGUCUGUCACUACAAUAUACGUAAAUAGAGACAUUAAAAUACCUUAAAUUACUGUUUCAACCAUAUACAUGUCGUUAAUUGCCUGUAUUUUUGUGUGCAUUCAAUACGGUAUUAAGUUGCCCAACUUAAUCAGUUUUUCAAGUCUGGCGCACAAAUAGAGUUACACGAGGGACGUUAUAGGUAAAAUGUUUGUGUUUGAAAUAAAAUAUAUGCUUUGUAAAAAUAUACGUGUUCGCAAACGCGAAAAGAAUUUUCUAAAAAAUGAUUUUAAGUUUGUACUUGGAACAGGAGCCUUAUUUUGUAUUGUUAGAAACAAAUUUUUUACGGUAAAUCAGUGUUGCUUAGAAGUAUUGGUGCCAUCGGGUAUAACGUUAUUUCAACAAUAAUAAUUUAAUAUAAAUACCACACCAAUACCUUAAAAAAUAAAGGUUUUUGACUCAUUGUGCUGUUAAUUUAUCACAAAUUUACAACCAAAUUUUGCACCACUUUACCUGAUUAAUAUUAAAAUUGCAUUUUAUUAGGUAAUUUAACUAUUUAAGUAUAUAAACGUCACAACUACAAAAUGUUGGUGAUAAAAUGAGAAGUGCUAUUAUUGAAAUGUAAAUUAUUUAAUAGUUUUACGUACUAAAAUACAACACUGCUGAUUAGCCUGGCAUAUAGCGACCAAAAUAAUUAGACUUUUUACGGAAAAAAAGCUGUUUACCGUUGAAAUGUUAAUAUUUUUUGAUACUAUGUGCCAGUUCCAGUCACAACUCUAAAUCUGUUUAAAUGACUGUAUACCUCAUGAUUAACAAAAAAAUUUGCAAUCAUCUAAACCAUUGCAAAGCAUUAUACAGUGAAUAGUGAGCAAUAUGUUCUUUGUGUGUGCUUUUCUUACUGGUAAAUGAGGCAAAAUUUUGAAGAAGAAAAAAAAACCCAAAACUUAUUCACUGAGAAUGUAACUUUAAAUGCUAUAAGUGUAAAAAAUUUUAGUUACCUUUAUUUCUUUCAGUGUGAGUAAUAAUGUUCAUUGAAACAUACUAGGCUGUUUCGCCAUGGGAAAGACCAUUCCACAACUCAGAUAUUGGAGAUCGUUACUAAAUUUGUUAGCUAAAUAUCAAUGUCAUAUUACUGGUAAAUUAAUAAAAAAUAACAUGUACGAAACUAAUAACACUGUACAAGAAGAGAUAAGAAUAAUGAAUGGCUAAAAGCAUAGGCAAACUUGUUUGUUUUCCGAGUUGUAUCACACCUCCAUCACUUGAGUUGAAGCAUAUUUACCAUGGGCAGCAACUGCUCUUAUUUGCAAUGAUUUAAGUUCUACAAUUUUUAUUUAUUAUCUUAUAAAAAUUUAUGUUUUUAGUUAUUGUUCAAAUGAGAUCUGCAAAAGACAAUAUUUUAAAUACUGGUCUUCCAAGUUAUGUUUGACCUGGUGUGCUAACUACUAAAUAUUUUAUUUUAGCGGGACUAAUUUUGAUAGACAGUGAAGGAGGAGGGAAAUGGUUAUCUUGAUGUGCUUGAAAAUAAAUGUUUUACUUGAGUUCAUAUUAGUAAAGACAUGAUACUUUUGAGAUUUUGUGGUUCGAGUUUUUCUUAUUUUAUUAAUAAUCUCUUUAAUAAUGGGUAAUUGUUGACAAAACACCGCAAACUGAGAUAUUAUUUCAUUCCAAUUUUUUUAAAAACUAAUGCUGUUUUACACAAAAAAAGUAUUUACCAACUUGUUUCCAGUACUUCUAGAGGGUAUGUUUUUUACUGUGUAAAAUGAGCAAAAAGGGGCUACAAUGUUUUUCGUAGGAAUUUUUGGGGUAGUUGUACAGGAAGAGAACUUUUAAGUGUAAAAAAACCAAAAUGAACGAUUAUCUUACUUUAUUUUAAAUGUAAUUCAAACUGGUUUUUGUGUAUGUUGUCAAUUGUUACAUUUUGGAAGACUGACCAAGUAUUGUGAUACACUGAAAAGUAAAUAUAGUUGUCUUUUUUCACAAAA